GUCCUGUACGAGUGUAUGAAAUCACAUGGCAUUUUAAGAAUGCUUCAAAGAUGGCGGUUUGCGGUAACAGAGUGCAGAAAAGUGCAUGUUUGGAGGUGCUGGUGCGGGAGCAAUGGCACGCGGUGCUGGCGAGUUUAGGGGACGAGUCUCUGACGCUCAGCUGCGAGGAUCCCGCGGCGGACACCAGCGUCAGCCUGAACGGCAUCACCACCAACGGCUCCUACGACCAACCGGACCCCACCAACAGUCCCAAAACCGGAGCGAGAACUCCUUUUUCGGAUUCACAAGUGCCCGAAGCGAUUGCGAACCGCAAGAGAUGCGUCAAAGUGAUCAAGCAGGAGGUCGGUGGAUUAGGGAUCAGCAUCAAAGGCGGGAAGGAGAAUAAGAUGCCUAUUCUCAUUAGUAAGAUAUUCAAGGGUCUGGCCGCGGAUCAGACUCAAGCGCUGUACGUGGGCGACGCGAUACUGUCCGUGAACGGGAUCAAUCUGCGGGACGCCACGCACGACGAGGCGGUGCAGGUGCUGAAGAAAGCGGGGAAAGAAGUUAUGCUGGAAGUGAAGUAUAUGCGGGAAGCGACGCCUUAUGUGAAAAAAGGCUCACCGGUGUCUGAGAUUGGCUGGGAGACACCCCCUCCUGAGUCCCCUCGUCUUGGCAGUCCUCACUUCGAGCUCCCCAGCCCUCCGUCACAGUGCUUGCAGGGUGACCGCAGAUGUAUCCCCCUCAAAAUGUGCUACAUCACACGCAGUAUGACUGUGCCUGACCCAGAAAACAGACAGGUGGAGCUGCACUCCUCUGAUGCUAAAAACACAAUAGUGAUGAGACAUACAGACAGCUCCUCUGCCCAGACCUGGUUCACUCUCAUGCAAUCCGUCAUCACAAACCUCACCAACAAAGUCAUCAGUGAACUACGAGAACAUGCGGGCCGACACGGCAUCAUUGGGAGUCGAGAGAUCCGACACCUGGGAUGGCUAGCGGAAAAGACGGAAAGUGAAAGGCAGAGCUGGAAGCCGGUGCUCGUGAUGCUGACGGAGAAAGAUCUGCUGCUGUUUGACAGUAUGCCACGCAUGAGAGAACACUGGCUCACCCCGACACACACCUACCCUCUGCUCGCCACACGGCUGGUGCAUUCUGGUCCAGAUAAGGGAUCACCGCAGCCUGGUGGGGAGCUGUCCUUUGCUACACGGACAGGAACCAGAUUAGGAAUCGAAGCCCACCUGUUCAGGGCAGAGACCUGCAAAGAUCUGUCACUCUGGACCAGACACAUAGUCACGGGCUGCCACACAUCUGCAGAGAUGAUCAAAGAGGUCACCACCAGCUGCAUGUAUCAGGGUCAGGACUGUCGGCUGGUCAUUCACUAUGAGCGAGGUUUCUCAGUGGUGGCAGAAGGAGAGGAAUGUUCUAGAGCUGAGCCGCUCUUCAGCUACCCGUUUGAAAGGCUCAGGAUGUCUGCGGAUGAUGGUGUACGGAUCCUCUACCUGGAUUUCGGCGGGAACGAGGGUGAAAUUCAACUGGACCUGCACUCCUGUCCCAAGCCUAUUGUUUUUAUCCUCCACUCCUUCCUCUCCGCUAAGAUUGCACGAUUAGGAUUGGUAGCCUGAGAUUGAACUGUUAUAGACUGAUUAUUCCAACAAACCUGGGAAACUGUGACUUGCAAGACUGAACGAAGGUGAUGUAGCAAAGCAGACCUCUGAAUGAUUUUAAUCACAUUUCAGUAAAUGACAAACAAUGUAUUUUUCAGAGAAAUCGUAAUUCUAGUGAAACACAAUUUCACAUUGAUUUUCUAAGAAAGAAUUCAACUAUAUGAUGAACACUAACUUGUGAUUGGAGCUAAAAAUAUAUACUGGAAGUAUUGCUUUAGAGUCCAAUACGGCACUUACAAUAUUAACUCCUUUAUAACGUUGGGAGGGAAACGGCCAUCUGUGUGACAGCUGCCCUGACUAACUGCAUCUGUCUGGCAGCUAAUGUGGAUUAAAAAGACUAGUUUAAUGCACAUAAAAGUUAAACAGCCUGAAAA